ACCGUUUGGGGGACGGACUGGCGAGCCGACAGUUGUCCGGAAGGUGAUCUCUGCCCGGCCUCGGAUUUGACACGCCUGGGGGCGUUAUGUAGGAGCUAAAGAUCAGAAAAAUGAGCUCCAUAGGAAAUAAGUGACUCACUCGAUGGAGAUAACACAAGCAGGCGUAUGUCAGAGUGGGGACUCCAACCAGAGUCCUUUUGUGCCUAGUCAGUGGUUUUUAACAGGAGAGACAUGUACCGGAAGAUGCUAAAGUUGAAGAGCCUGCUGCGCCUCCACACUGUUUGCAGGCAGCUGCACGGCCUGGCCGCAGGAAGAACAUUAGUGCAGCAGAGGCAUGUGUCCUCAUCUGGUUACCCCGCGUGGAUGGCGCCGCUGCACACCCGGCCCUGGCAAACCGACGCGCUCAUCCGGGCUGCUUUAUCUCAGCGUAGGCCUCUAGUAACAAAGAAGGAGGGAAGACCGUGGAAAUCUCAGUUAUCUUUGACAAAAUCUAAAAAGGAGGUGGAGGUGUGGAUUGGAAUGACUGCUGAGGAGCUGGCCAGGGCAAUGGGAAAAGACCUAGAUUGUGUACAUGAAGCUUUACUGAAUACUGAUAUCAACAUAAAUUCACUAGAAGAAAACCCACAGUUAGAGGAAGUCUGCAUCAAAGAAGUGAUAAAGAAGGCAGGGAUGAAGUUAAAAUGGAGCAAAUUAAAACAGGACAAAGUCAGAGCAAAUAAAGAUGCAGUUAGAAGGCCCCAGGCAGAUCCAGCUUUAUUAACCCCAAGGUCCCCGGUUGUUACCAUAAUGGGCCAUGUUGAUCAUGGGAAAACGACGGUACUUGACAAGCUGCGAAAAACUCAAGUGGCAGCCAUGGAAGCUGGAGGCAUCACUCAGCAUAUUGGUGCCUUUCUUGUUUCUCUGCCUUCUGGGGAGAAGAUCACCUUUCUCGAUACUCCGGGACACGCUGCCUUCUCAGCAAUGAGAGCCAGGGGUGCUCAGGUCACCGACAUUGUCAUCCUGGUUGUGGCAGCCGAUGACGGAGUGAUGAAGCAGACGGUGGAAUCUAUUCAGCAUGCCAGAGACGCUCAAGUUCCUAUCGUCCUUGCCAUAAACAAAUGUGACAAAGCUGAGGCUGAUCCUGAAAAAGUGAAAAAGGAGCUGCUGGCUUACGACGUGGUGUGUGAGGAUUAUGGAGGCGACGUUCAAGCAGUGCACAUCUCGGCUCUUACGGGCAACAAUCUGAUGGCCUUGGCAGAAGCAACAAUUGCUCUGGCAGAGAUGUUAGAAUUGAAAGCAGACGCCACUGGUCCAGUGGAAGGAACAGUAAUAGAGUCUUUCACAGAUAAAGGAAAAGGUCCUGUUACUACAGCCAUCAUUCAACGAGGAACUUUGAAAAAAGGCUCCAUUCUGGUUGCUGGAAAGUGUUGGGCAAAAGUACGCUUAAUGUUUGAUGAAAAUGGCAACACAGUCAGUGAGGCCUGUCCCAGCAUGCCGGUGGGAAUUACAGGCUGGAGGGACCUUCCUUCGGCAGGAGAUGAAAUUCUUGAAGUAGAAUCUGAGACAAGGGCGUGUGAAGUUGUCGACUGGAGGAAGUACGAGCAAGAACAGGCGAGAAAUAAAGACCAUCUGAAAAUAAUAGAAGAAAAGCGAAAGGAACACCAGGAAGCGCAUCGCAAAGACCGUGAGAAGUAUGGCAGUUUGCACUGGAAGGAGAGGUCGUUGUUAAAGUACCAGCUAAAAAAAGAACAGAAACCCUUAAAGCCGAAGGAGAAAGCAGAAAGAGAUUCCAACGCACUUCCUGUAAUUAUUAAAGGCGAUGUUGAUGGUUCCGUUGAGGCCAUUCUGGACAUUAUGGAUACCUACGAUGCUUCACACGAGUGUAAACUAGAAUUAGUACAUUUCGGAGUGGGCGAUGUUAGUGAAAAUGACGUUAACCUUGCCGAAACGUUUGGUGGCAUCAUAUAUGGCUUCAAUGUGACUGCAGGCAAUGUUAUCCAGCAGUCAGCUGCAAAAAAACGAGUAAAGAUUAAACUUCACAAAGUCAUUUACCGUCUUAUUGAAGAUUUGCAGGAAGAACUGAGCAGCAGACUGCCCUGCACUGUGGAGGAACACCCCGUAGGUUCAUUAACCUCACUGAAACAUCAUAAGGAUGAUGUUUCAGUCAUCAAAACUGGAAUGGAUUGUGGUCUCAGUGUGGAUGAAGAAAACAUAGAAUUUAAAGUGGGAGAUGAGAUGGUCUGUUAUGAAGAAAAAGAAGUUCUAGUCAAGACUUCUUGGGAUCCAGGAUUUUAAAAUUACAUUAAAAAAAAAAAGUGAAUGACUUAACGCCUUGCUUUGUUACAAAGCAACUAGUUUUGCUUUACUGAAGGUAAGCAUUCAAGAUACGGCACUACUCGUCAGAAGUAUUCAAGUUGUACCAAGUGUUAAUGUGCACUAGAAAAUACUGUCAGGGCUCCAGAAACUGACUUUAUUUAAGGAUGCCUCCAGCUAGGAUUCCUGAAGCGCAACAACAGCAGUGUAAUAAAAGGGAUUAUAAAUCACUGGUGUACCACUGAAUGCAAUGAUCAGGAUUUAACAGACAUCUUCCCAGUGUAUGCUUUACUUAGAAGCAGUAUUCAGAGUCAGUGCUACUUGAGUUUCAUGGGCAAAACGUUGUUAGGUGCUGUCGAGUCCAUUUUUGACUCACAGUGACCCAAUGUGACAGAGUAGGAUUGCCCCAUAGGGUUUUCUAGGCCUUACUCUUUAUGGAAGCAGAUCCCCAGGUCUUUUCUGGAGCCACUGGGUGGGGUUCACACCACCAGCCUUUGGUUAACUGCUGAACGCUUAACUGUUGCAAUAACAGGGUUCCUUGGGCAAAACAAAAAAAUCUCAUUGUUCCCACUCAUCCCUAUAGGAUAGAGUAUAACUGCCCCAUAGGGUUUCCAAGGCUGUAAUCUUUAC